CCAGUUAAAUAUGAACGGUCGUGUCAGACGGAUGUAACUGGGCGAGCUUUUUCGCGUAAACUAAUUGAUUUCUUCUAAUUAAAUUACUGUGAAUCGUUGUGUUAGUAAUGCAAGUGUGAUGUGAGCCAUGAUAAAUUAUAUUGUGCAAAGAUUAACUAUAGUGACUUCAAAAUAGGGGGUGUAACAGUGGAACAAAAAUGGCUUCGGGCGACACGGAUCAUAUAGAAGUGAUGGAAUCCGGGAUAAAAAAGUCGGAAAUUGUAGCCCAGCCGUCGGGGUCGGAAGAUGAUGAUCGAGACAGGGUGUCGUUGGCUGAAAAAAUGGUGCCCUACGACCCGGCGGUGGGCCCCCUGGGUGCUAUCAGCAAGGUGCACAAAUCAGACCGGAAAAUCGGGCACCGGCGCGUCGGAGAGGGAGGAGAGAUCACCUACAAGAAGAUCCAAUCCUCGCAGAUUAUGGGCUCCAUACAACUUGGAAUACAACACGCAAUCGGGGGUCUCGCAUCGAAACCAGAACGCGACUUACUCAUGCAAGACUUCAUGACAGUGGAGACCACCAACUUUCCCCACGAGGGCUCCAAUCACACGCCUGCGCACCACUACUCAGAGUUCAAGUUUAAGACCUAUGCGCCUAUAGCGUUUAGGUAUUUCAGGGACCUGUUCGGAAUACAACCUGAUGAUUUUCUGAUGUCAAUGUGCAGCGCCCCCCUACGCGAGCUAAGCAACCCGGGCGCGUCCGGCUCCAUCUUUUAUCUGACAAACGACGACGAAUUCAUCAUCAAAACAGUGCAGCACAAGGAGGGCGAGUUCUUGCAGAAGCUGCUGCCGGGAUACUACUUGAACCUCGAUCAGAACCCCCGCACGUUACUACCAAAGUUCUUCGGUCUCUACUGCUACCAGUGCAACAGCAAAAACGUGCGGUUGGUCGCCAUGAACAACAUACUGCCUUCGUCUGUCAAACUGCAUCAGAAGUACGAUCUCAAAGGCUCCACGUAUAAGAGAAAGGCCAGUAAAUCGGAACGACAGAAAGGCUCCCGCGCUACAUACAAGGAUCUGGAUUUCAUGGAACACCACACCGAGGGCAUUUUCCUCGAGGCGGAAACUUAUAACGCGCUUAUAAAGACUAUGCAGAGGGAUUGCAGAGUGCUGGAGAGUUUUAAGAUCAUGGACUAUUCCCUUCUAGUCGGCAUCCAUAACCUUGACGAGGCGCAACGCGAGAAAACCGAAGCUAGAACUCGUACGGAAUCCGGACAGAGCGACGGAGAGGAAGACGGCAACAAGAAGACCGGACUGAACCGGACGAGAUGCGACAGCGAGGACUUCAAAGCCCAAGUGAAAAGGACACAGUCAAUAAAUAGACAGCGGCUCGUGGCGCACUCUACGGCGAUGGAGAGCAUUCAGGCGGAAAGCGAACCUAUUGAUGAAGAGGAUGAUGUGCCACCGGGCGGCAUUCCAGCACGGAAUGCGCGCGGCGAACGUCUGCUACUCUUCCUAGGCAUCAUUGACAUCUUGCAGUCGUACCGACUUCGCAAGAAACUGGAGCAUACGUGGAAAAGCAUGAUACACGACGGGGACACUGUGUCAGUCCACAGACCCAACUUCUACGCUCAAAGGUUCCUCGACUUCAUGGCCAAGACCGUCUUCAAGAAGAUACCUUCGUUGGACCUGCCCGAGAUCAAAGGGAACCACCGCAAGUUCCGGACUCUGGUCACGAGCUACAUAGCCUUGAAACACUCGCCGUCGAAGAGGAAAAGCAUCAGCAAGCCGGUUAGGCCGCAGGAGGAGAUCGACACGCCAGGAGCGGCCAGCUCAAGCGGCGUAGCCAGCAUGAAAGCAGUCUCACUGUCUGACGUCACAGCGCAUUUUACGCCAACAUCAGUGACGUCACCGGUGUCAACUGCAGCCAAAACAGUCCAGCAGACCGUUAAAACUACAGCGGUCUCUGAGCCCGACGUAGCUUUCCCGGCUGUGUUAAAAGGCUCCACAAAACAAAGAGUCCCCCCGCCCGUUCCGCCCCGAGGCUCACCUAAAGCCAAACGCGGUGGCGGCAACUCCCAAUCCAGUAUUGACACAAAAGCCAUGCCGUCGUGUUGCUCGACGCCGCCGCCACCGUUCGAGGAGCACCCGCCGCCGCGGACGAGCCGGACGAACUCGUCGUCCACCACGUCGUCCAGCGCGUCCGGGAGACGACGAGGAGCGUCCAGUGCGGCUAGCGUCAUGACGACUUCGUCGGCGUCGUCGCUCGCGCUUACGCCGGCCGCGUUGACUAGCGCUAGGAGCAAUGAAGCCAGUGUUUGCUGGACGCCGCCGGCUUCAGUAGAGGGCUCAACGCCAACGUGGACUGAAGGAACACCCAGUUUCACCGAGUCCAGUAGCAGUGAGCAGGGCAUGGGCACAGGCUACUCGAUAACCCCCCUCCGCGGCGCGACCCCCUCGGACGGGCGGCGCUCCCCCCGCGCGCCGCCGCCGCCCGCGCGCGCGCUCCCCCCUACCACCAUCAACUGCCUCACCAGCGAAGUGUUGCACUUAAAAGAACGCGUAGAGAAUGAUUAUAAAUGAUAAAUUUCACGUAGUAACGUACGCUUCAUUUCGAUUUUAAGCGCUAGCUUUUUAGGUUAUGUAUCAUGCCAUUGCGAUUUUGAAAUAUGGGUGCUUCCAUUUUAAGGAAUGCGGUAAUGUAUACCUAGCUUUUUUGUAAAGUGAUGCGAUUGAAAAAAAAAACAAGAUUGUCUAUGCCAAUCAGUUUAUCGGCAAUAAUCUGUUGGCACAACACUUUGGUAGGGUUUUUUUAUUGAAUGUUGCCAUGUACUUGAUAAAUAAGUUGUCUCGUUGGACGCUAGAAUGCUCUAUUAGAUGCCAAAAUUAUGGACCCAUUUUUGAACAAAUUUAAGUGUAUCAGUUUUCCUAACGUAAAUUAGUUUCAGAAUAGAUUUAGUAUACCAAAUUAUCCAUUAUUCGUAAAGGCCUGUUUCAUAUGCACAUAUGAUUGAAAUUAAAUUCUUACCUGAAUUUUAAGAGUUCCGAAUAUGGUAUUGUAUCGCUUUGCUUUUAUAAGCGUUGCCAGCUUAUAAAUUGAUUUUUGAGUACUAAAACUAAAUAUGAUGUAAAUAUGACGAUGAAGGCUUAAGGCAAUGUUAUUAUUAUAAGUUGCUCAUUUAUUUCUUAGGGAAACUUCCGAAAAGCUAUGGAACAGGCCUGAAUUAGAAAUAAAUGUUGACUGAAUUCGUGUUAUCAUUAUUGUUGACUGAUAAACUUGACAUCUAGAGCAGUUUAGUUAGUUCGAGUUUAUUAAACUUAAUAUCAAGUUAUCGUCUCAGAACCUAAAAUAAUAGAAAAAUACUUGUCUUUAUCUAACAGUUAUUAAAAAAAAACAAUUAUAAAUAUGUAUAACAAACUAAUUUGACAAAAAACGGAAUUAUACUUUGUUUACAGCUAAAUAUUUCAAAUAGAACACGUAUAUAAUAUUGAAUCAUAUCAACUUAUUUGCAAAGUACAAAACUAAUUAGGUAGCGAAUUUUUACAUUUAUUUUAAAGUUUUUUCCGUGUUGCCCGCGUAAGUUGACCAAUUCUACCAUUGUUGGCUACUGAAAAAUGACCUGUGCUAAUUUUAAUACUUUUUAAAUUAGUUUUAAAUUAAUCAAGCUGUUUUUUAUAUUUAAAUCAAUAAAUAAUAUAACAAUAAUUUGUUGAUAUUUAAAAUAUAAUUUUUGAGUAGCCAGACGUGAUGUCUUGUUUUUUAAAUAAAUAAUGAUUAAUAAUAAAAUCGAUGGUUGUUCAAAUGAAGCAAUCAAUUAGCUUAAACAUAUAUUCAGCUUUCUUGUGCGUGUAUUAUACAGUAUCCACUGAUCUGUAAGUGUUUUCUAAUUAGGGAUGCGAAAGUGUUUAUGACGGGAAAGACUACCUAAAAUAGUUGUGUAAAAUAUGUUUUCAUAAAAUUAAAAUUUUUUGCCGGCGAGAUUAACUUUGCCCAUUGAAAAAUCAUAUGUUGAUAGGAAAAAACCGUUGCAUAAUAAACGGCCAUGAAGGCGACAGCAAAUGUGUAAUAGGUAUUUACAAGACGGGACAUUUUCCAGGGCAAAGUUAGACGAUUUUCAUUAUGAAUAUUUAAAAACAUUAAACGCAGAAAGGAACAACCUAUAUCCAAUUUGUCAUUGAUGGUUGCUGCAUAAGUAGUUAUAUCAGUAUUAGUUGCAGUUAUAUCAGCCGCAUAUGUUGUAUCAGUGUAUUUCCUAUCUCAUGUAGAUAAGGCUUCCGAUAUAAUAAAAAAAAAAUAGUUUUUUCCGAUUAUCGUCCUCUCCUCCCUUUCUAUAUAAAGUUUACUUCAAUAGAUACGAUUUAAUUAAUCCAUUUCAGUCUUGUUUUCGGUUACAGCCUAUAGUACAAGUUGUGUCGAAAUUUAAUGUGGCAUCCAUUUUGGGCAUUUUGGUCACUAACUGCUUCAAAGCAGGACCAGGUUUGACGUGUAAAACGGUAAAAAUCUCGUUACAUAUGCAGCGAUCUUAAGUCUUUUAUAAAACGGGCUUGAUACCUUGACCUGUAUAAUAAUUUCAAUUUCUGUAUUAACAGAAAUGACGAGGGUAAGAACGGAGGUAGGGUUAAGGUUUGUUCCAAAUUGUAAAAACCCCUGAUUGGUACAAAUAUUAUGUAGUGUAGUUAUAUUAUUUCCGAAAACCCUUACAGAUCAAUUAUUUCAAAUCAUUCGUGUGUAUAGUGACCUAAACAUUGUUAUUUAAAUACAUUUUAAUAGCACGAUUAUGUUCGUGACAGACGGGACAAAUCCUAUGUGCUCGUUUCAGAGGACGCUUUUGUGUUUACGUUUACACUCGCGAUUAUAUAAGAAAACUAUUGUAAAGUCAUAUCAGUUAAAUGCUCACGGUACUGCUUCCAGUCAUAUAAGAGCCGAGAAGACCUAUUUGUUACAGUGAGAUAGAGUGAGAAUUGUAGCUCUAACUUUUUUUUAAGACGCAGUGACGACCUCUGGAAAAUGGGCAGUUUUUAAUAUCCUUUGACUUAAAUAAUGUGUAUACUGGAUAUAUAAAAGUGUUUAUUUUUUUAACGUUUUUAUUUAGGAAAAAAAUGUUAAUUCCUUUAGUUCUGCCAGAUACUAAAUAAUAAAUACUUUGUAUAGUUUACACAAAGUUUCGUCUCUCAUUACAUUUUUGUAUAUCUACUACGACGGUGUCAAAUAAGCGUAAAGCCCUUCUGAAUUUUGGUUUACACUAGGACAAAUACGUUGCCCACUAUUUAGAAGUGUUUCAACAGUGCAUGACAAAAAACGAGGUUUUGUAUGGAUUUUAAGUCUAUAAUUUGUCUUUGGCUACAUCCAUUAAAUCAUGAACCGCCUAAAUUAUAUUUUAUCUAUGGUCACUAUCACAACCAAGUAAUCUGGUGUGUAAAAACUGUUUUGUUAAUCGUCGUUGUUACUAUUAUAUCAAUAUUGUAUAUUUGUUGUUGUUAACUAUUUAAGACGAUCGGUAGAAUAAAUAUUUGAAAUAAAUCGAGUUUCUUUAAUGUAGUACAGAAACACCAAAGCUAAUUUUAAGCGGGUGGGUAUAAAUUUAAGUUGCAUGAUUAUCAUAGUAAAAACCAUAAAUAUAUUAAACUAAUAUUUCUAAAUAUUAGUAGCAUGCAUAAUUAAAAUAAUCGAGACAGUGAAACGUGACAUUAACUCCCGGAGUCUCGCGGCCGUUAUAUCGCAUACGCAAUUUCACACUAAAUCCAUGAAAAGUCUAAAACUUGGGACUUAGAAGUUUUCAACAUUGUCCAUGGAAGGGAUUUGAGGAAAAUAGCUGAAAAUA